AAAACAUAGAAGAAGAGAAUGUUGCCGCUAUGUAUUUCCGGUUGGACUACAACGUGUGGAGAAACAGACAACAUGGCAGAGGACAUCCCUGUGGAAGACUACCCUACUGAGAUUGAGGAGCAGCUCACAGGGUUUGAGUCGUCAGUCGGUGCUGUCAACAACAUGGUGCAGACCAUCCUAUCCAUGCCAAGAAAUGAGCUGGUGCAAAAACUGGAUCCUCUGGAACAAGCCAAGCUGGACCUGAUGUCUGCAUAUAGCCUCAACUCUCUUUUCUGGAUGUACUUGGUCACACAAGGAAUAAACCCCAAAGAACAUGCAAUCAAACAAGAGUUGGAGAGGAUCAGGACAUAUAUGAACCGUGUGAAGGAGAUCACUGAUAGGAGGAAAGCAUCCCGUCUGAACAAACCAGCUAUGUCUCGCUUGCUCAGGAACGCAUUGUGGGAGCCUGAGGAAGGGAAGUCAAAGAACACGCCGGGUGGUGACCCCCAGGACACGCCGGGUCGUGCCCCCCAGCACACGCCGGGCCGUGCCCCCCAGCACACGCCGGGUCGAGGCCAGCGCACUCCGGGUCGCGGCCACCACACUCCGGGUCGCGGCCACCGCACUCCAGGUCGCGGCCAGCACAAACGCUUUGAUGGCCAUCAGUCAAAAGGACCCAAACUCAGCUGAGAGGAGGUGGUGCAACACCAGGGGCUGGUUCCUUGCUGGCCUCUACCACGUUUCCUUGGUCCCCUUUUCUUUUUUUCUACUUUGUUUUUAUUGUAGGAACACAAAGAAAGUACAAAUAAAGUAAAAUAAAAGAACAACAAAAAAGA